UUUUUGCAUGUGCAUGCUGGAAAUGUACAUAAUCUUUUGUUGCUCAUUUUCGGUGUCGUAAGGUCACCGUUUUAUUUCGAAAUCAGUUUAAUGCGAAAAGCUUGGCUAGUCCACUAAGCAGUGUCGCAGUCAGAGAGGAUGACAAAGCCUAAGGAAGGUGCAAGCCACCAAAAUGGUCAGGCACAUGAUAAGGACAUCGUUAGGGCUAAUGGACACGAUAAAGGAGAUGACCGGCGGCCAUUCAGCAUAAAGUGCGAGUGGGACAUCAAACAGACUCAGCAGUUUUCUGACGAUGGAACCAACACUUAUUUCUGGAGAGCGCACACAGUGACAGUACUUCUAAUUAUGCUUUGUGUGUUGGUUUAUGUUGGAGCUUUUGAGAAAACUAAGGAAAACAGUGAAUACAACACAAAGAGAGGACUUAUAGCCUGUAUAGCUGUGUUUUUGUUGUUUGGGGUUACUCAGAUUAGCGAUGGUCCAUUCAAACGACCUCACCCAGCUUUCUGGCGUAUCAUUCUUUGCCUGAGUGUUGUUUAUGAAUUGGCUCUAAUUUUUCUUUUAUUCCAGACAACCCAUGAUGCAAGGCAGUUAUUGAAGUAUCUUGACGAAGAUUUGGGGAAACCAUUGCCUGAGCAAUCUUAUGGGGAAGACUGUAGGUUGUACACUCCUGGACAUCCCAAGGGAUCAUUCCAUACCUUUCUUGAGAAGUGUGAUGUCUUUUUACCAGCUCAUUUCUUUGGAUGGUGGGCAAAGGCACUCAUUCUGCGUGACUAUUGGUUAUUGACUGUCAUCAGUGUUCUCUUUGAAGUCUUGGAGUAUUCCUUGGAGCAUCAGUUACCAAACUUUAGUGAAUGUUGGUGGGAUCAUUGGAUCAUGGAUGUUCUUGUUUGCAACGGUUUUGGAGCAUAUCUUGGUAUGAAGACUUGUGAAUAUCUUGGCCAUACCACUGGAGAGGGUUAUGGAACAUUCCCACCUACAGACUACUACGACAUUCUGAGCGCCAUGGAACGGCAAAAUUGUUAUGUUUCAUCGACUAUCAACACUGCCUCUGAGGGUUACAAGCAAAGCUCUCGUACUAUGCAAAACGAAUCUGGUAAAAUGUUCAUAGAGACCGAAGUUCAACCCCAAGCCGGAGACACGAUCUUAGACCUCGGUUGUGGCACAGGAGAGCUGUCUGCAUAUCUUGCUCUGCUUGUUGGAAACAGUGGAAAGGUUGUGGGUGUUGAUCCUGACAAACUUCCCUGGUAUGGGCUCAGAAUCCUACGACAUUAUCUUCAGCAACUACGUGCUGCACUGGAUCCAAGACAAAUCCAAUGCGUUUCGGAAUAUGUACGCGAGCCUAAAGCGGAAUGGUCAUGCCAAAAUUGCAGCUCAUUUCACGGGACGGGGAACAUCUGUCUUGCAAUCAAUCACGAUAAAGAAACCGAUAGUGGUAUUGAUAAAGCAGAUCACAGACCAAAACAUGAGUAA